GAUAAGACCCAGAGGGCUUCUGAUAUCUGGUCCAGCAGCCUCAAAAGGAACCAGAUUGUGACCAUUCUACAGAGAGAGAGGUGCUACGACUCAAAUCUUGAUUUCUCCAUAAACCCUAGGGACCUAAACCUUCAAACGCCGAUCCUCAUAGUCACAGGUGCCCCACCACCGGUAUGGAAAACAUCCACAACUUUGAUGACUUGCUUAACCACAUUGGGACUGGGAGAUGGAACGCAUUAUACUUUCUGGCUGCUUCGUUCACUACUGGUAUCAACAGUGUACUUCAUACUGGCGGCGCGGAGCUUGAGUUUCGUGUACAUGGCGCCGGCCCUCAACUAUACGUGCCUGCCCCCUGACAACGCCACCAGCGUCUCAGAAGAUUCGUGCACUUAUGUGAGGGCAACAGAGGACGGAGCGGAGUUGCAAGAGCCUUGUACUGAGUGGCACUUUGAUACGUCUGUCUUCAGCAACACCCUCACCUCAGAGUUCCAGUUGGUAUGCGGUCGAGCCUACCUACGCGCCACCUACCAUAGCAUUUUCAGCUUCCUCUCCGUGUUCUGCCUGCUGUGGGGCUACCUCGCCGACAGGUACGGAAGAAAGGUGGUGGCAGUGCUGACCCACGUGCCGUUGGGCGUCCUCUACAUUGCCAUGAGUUUCCUUCCCACCUUCAGUAUGGUUCUGGCCUUUCGCACACUGAUAGGAGCAUUGACCAACACCGUCUUGUAUUUACUUGCCAUGGAAGUGUGCGAGAUCAAGAAGCGGUCUGCGGUGGGCAUCCUAAUAGGCCUGCCCUGGGCGCUGGGCACCAUGGUGUUUGGUGGCUUGGGUUAUCUCAUCCGGGACUGGCGGUGGCUCAACUUCGCUAUCUCCCUUCCUUUCCUGUUCAUCUUCGUCUUCAUAUAUCUGUUUGAUGAGUCUCCACGGUGGUUGCUGGUGACUGGAAAGGAGGAAAAGGCGCGACGGGUGGUGCAGCGGGCAGCUCGCAUCAACCAGGUUCAGUUGCCGUCUGAGGAGUAUCUGGCAAUACUGCUGCAGAAGGCUCAGCACCCCAUGCAGAAUGUGGAGGAGAGAAAGACGGUCAAAAUGGUGUGUACGUGGCCACAAAUAUUCAGCACUCCCAUCAAUAGAAGAGUCACCAUCAUCCUCGCUACCUGUUACUUCAUAACUUCGCUGGUGUUCACGGGUCUCAACGUGGGCGGCAGCGUGUUCAGCGCCAACCCUUUCAUAUACGUGGUGGUGGGCGGCUUGAUGGAGAUACCUGGCUACACCCUCUCGGCGCCCAUCAUCAACCGCUGGGGGAGAAAGGUGCCCCUCAUCGUCAGCUUCUUUAUAUGCGGUGUCUCUAUUCUGUCAACCGUUAUCAUUCCCACAGACAUGUCGUGGCUGGUGCUGACACUAGCCAUGUUGGGAAAACUGACGGUCAGCGGAGCGUACAUGAUCCUCGUGGUUUAUCAGGUAGAGGUGCAGCCCACCGAGGUCCGUCUGCAAGGCAAGGGCGUAGUUCUAGUGUCGGGGAGUCUGGGCUACUGCAUCGCACCCUACAUCACUGACCUACUGGCCUUGACGUUCCCCUGGCUACCGUCAGUCAUAUUUGGAGUGAUCUCGUUGAUGGCGUGUUUCUUGCUGGCACUCCUUCCGGAGACUGUUGGGGUACCACUCCCUGAAACUGUGGAGGAUCUCGACAAAUUAUGGAGAAGGAAGUGGAUGUCGAGCCGAAACAGUGAUGAAGUCUAGACAACCACCAUCACCACAUCACUGCUCCUGUUGUUGCUGCUGCUGCUACUACUACUACUACUACUACUACUACUACUACUACUACUACUACUACUACUACUACUACUACUGCUACUACUACUGCAUGUACAGUACAUUCAGUCAGCGAACGCUGAUCUUGCGUCGUGACGGCACACGCUGCUCGAUGGGCGCGUUUUAUUUAAGGUCUCUGUAAACAUAAACAUAGGGCUGGGACAAAUUGAUUAAUUGACAUCUCAAGUGGAUCUUUCCUCCUCACCCACGCCCAGAGCAACAAUGACCAGUAUGAAUCAUUACCAGUGCCAUUGUUCAUUGUGUCUUUGACGCGUAACCGGUUGUUUUUUUCUCGUGCUGAAACGCAUUUUAAUCUGCUCAUGCUGUUGUGUUUGUGGUGAUGAGUGCAAGGCGGACAAGUCACGGUAAUAUAAUUCCAUCACAGACAUAGAUCUUCACACGGGUUUGAAUGGUGUCGAUGUAGCAAAACAUGUGAAUUAGAAGACUCGAAACUUCCAGAACCUCGUACGAAAAUUUGUCAAACGAGACCGUGAGGAAUUAUCUUCUCACAGCCAUGAUGGUGGCAUUCCAGUGCUUCCCUUCCGCUGCCUUGCUGUGAGAGUCUGAUUAGAGUUGAACUGCCUUCGUAGAGAAGCUAGAACCCAUGAAAUAAAGAUAAAGGGAUGCCACCACCAUGGUUGUGAAAAGACAGUUCUUCACUGCCUACCUUGACGAAUGUAUGACGUUCUGGAAGUUUCGUAUUUUUAAAUUCACAUAUUUUGCUAUAUCGACACCAUUCAAGCCCGACAUGUGAAGAUCUAUGAUUGAAUGAUAUAACUGUGACUUGUCUGCUUCUCACUCAUCACUGCAAACACCAUACCAUGAACAGAACAUAACGCGUUUCACCCAGAGAACAGAGCCGAUCAUGCAUCACCAAAGACAAUGAACAAUGAGCAACAAUGACUCAUACUGGUCAUUGUUGCUGUGGACGUGGGUGAGGAGGAAAGAUGCACUUGAGAUGCCAACAAGUCAAUUCGUCCCAGCCAAAUUUGUAUGCUUGUUGAGACACUCAAAACUCGGAGAGUAAAACGCGCUCUCCGAGCAGCGUGUGCAGCCGCAACGCAAGAUGGCGUUCGCUGACGGAACAGUACUACUACUUCAACUGCUGCUGCUGCUGCUGCUACUACUACUACUACUACUACUACUACUACUACUACUACAACUACUACUACUACUACUACUAUUGCUACUACUGUUACUAGUACUAGUACUACUACUACUACUACUACCACCACCACUACUACUACUGCUGCUGCUGCUGGUGCUGCUACUAGUACUACUAUUACAAGUGCUACCAUAUACAAAUACUAAUACUGCUGCAGUGUAUUUGUAAUUAUGUAUUUGUAAUUAUGUACACAAACACACACACACACACACACACACACACACACACACACACACACACACACAUACACACGCACACACACACACACACACACACACACACACACACAC